AUGGCGGGGGGCGUGGUGAUAAGUUCCUCUGGGGGCAAGGUGUACCCUGGCCACAUGACGGCCUUCGUCUUCUUCUCCUGUCUCGUCGCCUCCUCUGGCGGCCUAAUCUUCGGCUAUGACAUCGGCAUCUCUGGUGGUGUAACAUCCAUGGACUCGUUCUUGAGCGAGUUCUUUCCGUCGGUGUACGCCCAGGCCAAGGCAAACAAGGAAAAGAACCAGUACUGCAAGUUCGACAGCCAGCUGUUGACGUUGUUCACGUCCUCACUGUACCUGGCCGCGCUAGCAACAUCGUUCCUAGCGGCGUCAGUGACGCGCAUCUUCGGCCGGAAGUGGUCCAUGUUCUGUGGCGGCAUCACCUUCCUCGCGGGCUCAGCACUCAAUGGCGCCGCCACUAACUUGAUGAUGCUGAUCCUCGGCCGCAUCCUCCUCGGCAUCGGCGUAGGCUUUGCCAACCAGUCCGUCCCUCUCUACCUGUCGGAGAUGGCACCGGCGAACCUCCGGGGCAUGCUCAACAUCGGCUUCCAGCUGAUGACCACCAUCGGCAUCCUGUCCGCCAACCUCAUCAACUACGCCACUGUUAGCAUCGAGGGUGGCUGGGGCUGGCGCAUCGGCCUUGGCCUGGCUGGCGUCCCGGCGCUCAUCAUUACCCUCGGCGCACUUGCCCUGCCGGACACUCCCAACUCCCUCAUCGCCCGCGGCUACACUGCGGAAGCCAAGAAGGUGCUGGUCAAGGUCAGGGGAACCUCAGACGUGCACGAUGAGUACGACGACAUGGUGGCCGCCAGCGAGGAGGCUAAGGCCAUCGAGCACCCUUGGCGGAACAUCCUGGAGCACAAGUACCGUCCCCAGUUGACAAUUGCUGUGCUCAUCCCCUUCUUCCAGCAGCUCACCGGCAUCAAUGUCAUCAUGUUCUACGCGCCCGUGUUGUUCCUCACAAUCGGCUUUGGCGGCGACGCCUCGCUCAUGUCCGCCGUCAUCACGGGGCUCGUUAACAUGUUCGCCACCAUCAUCUCCAUCGUCUCCGUGGAUCGGCUGGGCCGCCGUGCCCUGUUCCUCCAAGGCGGCACACAGAUGUUCGUGUCCCAGAUAGUGGUGGGGACUCUGAUCGCUCUCCAGUUUGGCACCACGGGCGAGGGGGAGAUGUCACGCACCUAUGCCAUGCUGCUGGUGCUAUUCAUUUGCCUCUACGUUGCCGGGUUCGCAUGGUCGUGGGGGCCGCUGGGCUGGCUCGUUCCCAGCGAGGUGUUCGCACUGGAGAUCAGGUCGGCAGGGCAGAGCAUUGCCGUGUGCGUCAACAUGACGCUCACCUUCAUCAUUGGGCAGGCGUUCCUCACCAUGCUCUGUCACCUCAAGUUCGGCCUCUUCUACUUCUUUGCGGCGUGGAUGGUCAUCAUGACGACCUUCAUCGCCCUCUUCCUGCCAGAGACCAAGGGGGUUCCCAUCGACGAGAUGAACCUCGUCUGGAGCCGACACUGGUUCUGGAGCAACUACGUCGUCCAGGAAGGCGGCAGCAACCACAGAACACACGGCGUCUAG